UUUGGCAUUGUGUUCUACAGGGAGGCCCACCGCUUGGAAACGUUUGGCCAGGGGGAGGCUCUGCUUCAGGGCUCAGUGCUGGAGGAUCUGGAGGACAGACUACACUUCUUCAUAGAGGAAUGUGACUACCUACAGGGGUUCCAGGUGCUCUGUGACCUGGCUGAUGGCUUCUCUGGCCUGGGUUCAAAGGUCACCGAGAUGCUGCAGGACUCCUAUGGGGGACGGGGCAUCCUUACCUGGGGGCUCGCACCUGUUAGUCACCCAGACACAACCCCGAUGAAGGAGCUCUACCACCUGUUGAACUACUCCUUAGGCAUGGUCCACAUGGCCAAUAACAGCUCGUUCUUCUGCCCUUUGACCCUGAAGGGCGGGCUGGGCAGACGGCCCGCCCAACCCCCCUCCUCCCCCCACCUCAACUACGACCCCUCACUGUGGUACCACUCCAGCUCUGUGCUGGCUCUGGCCCUGGACUCCCUUACUGUCCCUUACAGGCUGAGGCACAACAGCACCCCCAUGUGGGAGUUUGCAGACGCACUGGCAGUGUCCGGGAGAAAGGUGGUGGCUGCGUACGGAGCCCUCCCCUUUCCGAUGAUGCAGGGGUGCUCUCUCCCCGACGCCCUAGGUGACUGCGCGGAUGUGUUGCCGUGGAAACCCCUAUCGGCUUGCCCCAAGCUGGGCGAUGGCCACUGCUUCGGCCAAUCAGUGACCCUCAAGGGUUUAGAGGGGCAGAGUCUGGUCAGCCAGCUGAGACCAGGGAUGCAGCCGCCCACCCAGCUGCAUAGCCUUGACUGUGGGGAAGAGGUGCUAGCCUCCUACAUCAAUGCUCACUACCCCGCUACGCCUUUUUCGGUCCAGCUUGUAUCCAGCCCCAGUAAGCUGACCCCGCCCUUCCCACAGAUAUUCAGCCAAUCCUUGGGUCCACAGGGCUUUCUGCAGAGUCAAGCCCCUCCCCCCAAAAAGCGGUCCUGUGCGGUCUCCUCCCUCCCCGUGCUCACCUCCCUGCAGUCUUCUCCGGCCCUGGGCCCGUGGCUGUCGGAGCUGCACCGCGGUGCCAGCACCCUGGACCCCCGCCGCAUCGCCCCCAGCUUCCUCUCCCAGGGGCCUGAGCUGACCGACUUCCAGGAGUCCCUGGAGCAACUCCACCUCCUGGCCCGCUGUUACCGCAAUGAUAGCGGAGGCAUGAUGUGCUCCUCCUCGGAAGAGGACGACGAUGAUUGAUUGACUGACAACUGCUGAACCGCAAGAGUCAUUUUCUCUUUUCUGUUUCCCGCAUUGUUAGCCCAGAAUGAUUUUUGCGCACUCCAUACCAUCUGAAUAGAUGGGUCUCAAUUGACAUUGACUAGUAUUGACAGACCCACCCAUCCACAUUGUAUAUUCUUGUCUGUGGAUCUGAUCGCAUUCAUGAAGACACAGUGAGACUUGAUAAGGAUUGUGAAUUCUGGUUGGAAAGAAUGCUGUUUAUUUGUCUUUUUUACCAUUUAUUUAACCAGGUGGGCCAGUUGAGAACAAGUUCUCAUUUACAACUGAGAUGGCGACCAGAGAACGGUUAUGGUAAAAGAUUGAGGUUUUAACUGACAAAAGAUAUUUGGACUGUGAAACGCAGUCAUUAAAUCAAGGAGAGACAAAAUAAGAGGAUAGAAGGAAAGGUCAAUGAAGGGAGAAUGUCGGUUGGUGAUAUGUUGGAACUGUUAGUGAAGUUAAUUUGCCACAUGCACAGGAUACAAAAGGUGUAAAACAGUACUGUCUAAUUCUAACCUUGCGAGCUAUUUGACAACAAUGCAGUGAUGAUAAUAAUAUUGAAUACUUUUUUUUUUAAAACACAAGAACUACGAUGUGAGUUAAAGAAACGAGAGAAUGCAAGUACUGUAUAUAUGUGUAUCUGCAAAUAAAUGUGCUUUAUACAA